AUGGAACUUCACCACUGGAAAGUAGAAGAGCAACGGAGACUAGACGAGGUGCGACUAGCUGAGGAAGAAGCAUUAGCAAUUGCAGAGAAAGAAAAAGCAAAAUGCAUGGCAGCUAUUGAGAAAGCUGAAGCAGCUCAGAGAAUAGCUGAACUUGAAGCACAGAAGAGAAUCAAUGCUGAGAUGAAAGCACUCAGAGAAGCAGAGGAGAAGAAGAUGGUGUUGGAUAAGCUAGCACUAAGUGAUGUAAGAUAUCAUAAAUACUCGAUAGGGGUGAUAGAAGCAGCAACAGAGUAUUUUUCAGAAACUCGCAAAAUUGGGGAAGGCGGAUAUGGACCAGUCUAUAAAUGUUAUCUAGAUCAUACACAAGUUGCAGUUAAGGUUCUACGUUCUGAUGCAGCUCAAGGAAAAUCACAGUUUCAGCAAGAGAUUGAAGUUCUAAGUUGCAUUCGGCAUCCAAACAUGGUUCUCCUCCUCGGAGCAUGCCCCGAGUAUGGUUGCCUAGUAUAUGAAUACAUGGCCAAUGGGAGCUUAGAUGAUCGUCUCUUUCGGCGAGGAAACACUCCAGUGCUACCUUGGCAACUCAGGUUCCGAAUUGCUGCAGAAAUCGGCACAGGACUCCUUUUCCUCCACCAGGCCAAGCCAGAACCACUAGUACACAGAGACCUGAAGCCAGGCAACAUUUUGCUUGACCGCAACUUUGUAAGCAAGAUCAGUGAUGUUGGCUUAGCUAGGCUUGUCCCUCCCUCAGUUGCUGACUCUGUUACACAAUAUCGCAUGACAUCAGCAGCCGGAACUUUCUGUUACAUAGACCCUGAAUAUCAGCAAACAGGCAUGCUCGGUAAAAAGUCUGACGUUUACUCACUUGGAGUUAUGCUGCUUCAAAUAAUAACAGCCAAGUCCCCAAUGGGUCUGACUCAUCAUGUUGAGAUGGCCAUUGAGAGGGGGACUUUCGUUGAGACGCUCGAUCCAGAAGUUCCUGAUUGGCCAGUAGAAGAGGCCUUGAAAUUUGCCAAGCUGGCACUUAGGUGCACAGAAUUGAGGCGUAGAGAAAGACCAGAACUUGGCAAUGUGGUAUUACCUGAGCUAAACAGGUUGAGAGCACUAGCAGAAGAAACAUGUCAGUAUCCCAGUGACUAUCAAUCCAAAGACCUCGCCAAGUCAGUCCCAGUUUAA